AUGUCUAGUGACCAAGGAUUCGUUGUCAGACUCAGAGGCUUGCCAUGGUCUUGUUCAGCAGAAGACAUCACACAUUUCCUGAGGGAAUGCACCAUUGUGAACGGCGAAGAGGGUGUCCAUUUCACAUUUUCAAGAGAGGGCCGACCCAGCGGAGAAGCAUUUGUAGAGCUUGAAACCGAGGAUGAUCUGACCAAUGCCCUUGCUCAGAACAAUGAACAUAUAGGAAACCGAUACAUUGAAGUGUUUCAAGUGGACAAAUCUGAAAUGGACUGGAUCAUAAAGAGAAAUGGUUCUGCUAGGUCUGAAAACAAAUCAGAGGCUGUUGUAAAGCUUAGAGGUUUGCCAUUUGGUUGCUCCAAAGAAGAGAUUGCACAGUUUUUCACAGGGUUGGAGAUAGUUCCAAAUGGAAUUAUGCUCCCAGAAGAUCGACAGGGGCGGAGCACUGGGGAGGCGUUUGUUCAAUUUGUAUCAUCACAAAUUGCAGAGAGGGCUUUGGAAAAACACAAAGAGAGGAUAGGUCACAGAUAUAUUGAAAUCUUCAAAAGCAGCAUGUCGGAAGCCAAUGCUUCAGUGGGUGGCAUGCGUGGUGGUAUUCACCCGCUUAUGGGUGUCGGCAUGCCCCGACCUGGACCUUAUGACAGGGGCGACAGAUAUGGUAUGGGCAUGGGUAUGGGUUACGGAGGACGUGGCCGCAAUUUGAAAGGUCUGUUUGAGGAUGACUACGAUGACUUCGGCUAUGGUGGUGGCAUGGGUUAUGGGAUGCGUAGUCGGCGUGGUGGCGGCGGUGGCAUGGGGCCACGAGGAAUGGGCAUGGGAAUGAUGGACCGGAGAGGGAUGCAGCCAGGAAGCUGUUAUGUCAGCAAAACAGGACAUUCUGUACACAUGAGAGGCUUACCGUUUCAGGCAGCAGAGCAAGAUGUCUUUGAUUUUUUUUCACCCAUUCAACCAGUGCGGUGUGAAUUUGAGUUUGGAGAAAAUGGAAGACCGACUGGAGAAGCAAACGUAGACUUUGCGACUCAUCAAGAAGCCCUCGAGGCGAUGAAGAAACACAGAACGAACAUGCAGCAUCGUUACAUCGAGCUGUUCUUGAACUCAGAACAAAAUCCACGUGGUGCCCGUGGGUUUGGCGAUGGGAAUGGAUUCGGUGAUGAUCUAGAUGGCUCCGGAUUUGGUCAGGGAAGUGGCGGAUUUGGUCAGGGAAGUGGUGGAUUUGGUCAAGGAAGCGGUGGAUUUGGUAUGGGCUAUGGAUCAGGCAACGACGGUGGCUUUGGUCCUCAUGGCGGAUUUGGAAACCAAGGUAGAAAGCAGAGCAACUAUGACAUGGAUGGAGGCUAUGGCGAUGGAAUGCGCGGUGGCAGACCUAUGGGCAACAGUUACACAGCAUUCUAA